AUGGGGCAGGUUGAGCUGGAGGGCGGGGAUGAGGGGCUGGCACACAGCAAGGGGCGGGCGGGGCCGAGCAGCCCCGGGAGGAGCUCCCUGCCCCGCAGGGGACACCGUGGAACCCGGAACUUGCUGUCGCUUGUUGGAGGCAGCCGGAGGGUCUGCCCUGCUUGGCGUGGCCGGCGGGGCCCUCACUGGGGGCCCGCAGGGGGACGGCCAUCGCCUGCCGUGUGCCGCGGCCUCUCUAGGAGACACGUUCAGAGCCUAGUCUCGACGAGUUUUACAGGAAGGAGGAAGGAGGCCGAGGUCUCGGGAGCCAGCGUCUGCGCCGCGCACCCGGCCGUCGGGGCGCAGGAGAGUGCCGGGCGCCCCCGGCUCCAGCUCCUCAAGCGGAAACACGGCUGGACCGUGGUGGGCUGGACCGUGGCGGGGCCCGGGCUCGCCCCGGGGGAACGGCCUCCUGCGCCGCUCCCGCCUUGGGGGCCCCCCCGCAAUGCGCUGCGGGGCGGCGGGGUGGGGAGGCCGGCGCUUCUCCCUUCGGACCCCCACGAGGGCCGGCAUGGACUGAGCCCACCGCCCUCGGGCCUGCCCGCUCGUUCCCGCAGCCCCCGGGAGACUUCCCGCAACAGGUGCGGGCGGGGCCCGCCGGGAGCGCGAGGACUUCCGGCAACAGGUGCGGGCGGGGCCCGCCGGGAGCGCGUAGACUUCCGGCAACAGGUGCGGGCGGGGCCCGCCGGGAGCGCGAGGACUUCCGGCAACAGGUGCGGCGGGGCCCGCCGGGAGCGCGAGGACUUCCGGCAACAGGUGAGGGCGGGGCCCGCCGGGAGGGAGAGGACUUCCGGCAACAGGCGCGGGCGGGGCCCCGCGGGAGCCUCUCGCCCGCCUUCGCUUCCCCGGCGCGCGCUGAGGCGCCUCUCCCAGGAGCCUCUGCGCGGCCCGGCGGCGUUUCCCGGGGUCGUCUGCCGGGCGGGCCGCGGCUGCGGGCAGGACCUGGCCGAGCUGGAGGGCGCGGGAGAACGGGGCUCGAGCGGCCCCCGAGGCGCGGGGGAGCGGGGCUCUGGGGGGCCCGCGGCGUCCGGGGCGGCGGCGCCCGGCGAGCGGGCUGGGGAUGGGGCGCCAGGGCGGCCGGGGCCCGGGGCCUCGGCCCUGUUCGCGGGGCUGCAGGACCUGGGCGUGGCCAACGGCGAAGACCUGAAAGAGACGCUGACCAACUGCACCGAGCCGCUCAAAGCCAUCGAGCAGUUCCAGACAGAGAAUGGCGUGCUCCUGCCGUCCCUGCAAUCGGCCUUGCCCUUUUUGGACCUGCAUGGGACCCCGCGUCUGGAGUUCCACCAGUCGGUGUUCGAUGAGCUGCGGGACAAGCUGCUGGAGAGAGUGUCGGCCAUUGCUGCAGAGGGCAAGGCCGAGGAGAGGUACAAGAAACUGGAAGAUCUCCUGGAGAAGAGCUUUUCUCUGGUGAAGAUGCCAUCCUUGCAACCAGUGGUGAUGUGUGUCAUGAAACACUUGCCUAAGGUUCCCGAGAAGAAGCUGAAGUUGGUCAUGGCUGACAAGGAGCUGUACCGGGCCUGCGCUGUGGAGGUGAAGAGGCAGAUCUGGCAAGACAACCAGGCGCUCUUCGGGGACGAGGUCUCCCCGCUGCUGAAGCAGUACAUCCUGGAAAAGGAGAGCGCCCUCUUCAGCACUGAGCUUUCUGUCCUGCACAAUUUCUUCAGUCCUUCUCCCAAGACGAGGCGCCAGGGCGAGGUGGUGCAGAAGCUGACGCAGAUGGUGGGGAGGAACGUGAAGCUGUACGACAUGGUGCUGCAGUUCCUGCGCACUCUCUUCCUGCGGACCAGGAACGUGCACUACUGUACGCUGCGUGCCGAGCUGCUCAUGUCCCUGCACGACCUGGACGUCAGCGACAUCUGCACUGUCGACCCCUGCCACAAGUUCACCUGGUGCCUGGAUGCCUGCAUCCGCGAGAGGUUUGUGGACAGCAAGAGAGCCCGGGAGCUGCAGGGCUUCCUCGACGGAGUGAAGAAGGGGCAGGAGCAGGUCCUGGGGGACCUGUCCAUGAUCCUGUGCGAUCCCUUUGCCAUCAACACGCUGGCCCUGAGCACCAUCCGGCACCUGCAGGGGCUGGUCGGCCAGGAGACACUGCCCAGGGACAGCCCCGACCUGCUCCUGCUGCUGCGCAUGCUGGGCCUGGGGCAGAGCGCCUGGGACAUGAUCGACAGCCAGGUCUUCCGGGAGCCCCGCGUGGAGGUGGAGCUGGUGACCAGGUUCCUGCCCACCCUGAUGUCCUUUGUGGUGGACGACCACACCUUCAGUGUGGACCAGAAGCUUCCGGCCGAGGAGAAGGCCCUGGUCACGUACCCAAACACACUUCCGGAGAGCUUCACCAAGUUCCUGCAGGAGCAGCGCAUGGCCUGCGAGGUGGGGCUGUACUACGUGCUGCACAUCACCAAGCAGAGGAACAGGAACGCGCUGCUCCGCCUGCUGCCCGGCCUGGUGGAGACCUGCGGUGACCUGGCCUUCAGCGACAUCUUCCUGCACCUGCUCACGGGGAGCCUGGCCCUGCUGGCUGACGAGUUUGCGCUCGAGGACUUCUGCACCAGCCUCUUCGACGGCUUCCUGCUCACCGCCUCACCAAGGAAGGAGAGUGUGCACCGGCAUGUGCUGCGGCUCCUGCUCCACCUGCACCACCGCGUGGCCCCCUCCAAGCUGGAGGCCCUGCAGAAGGCCCUGGAGCCCACAGGCCAGAGUGGCGAGGCCGUGAAGGAGCUGUACUCCCAGCUCGGCGAGAAGCUGGAGCGGCUGGACCACCGGAAGCCGAGCCCAGCUCAGGCUGCGGAGACGCCGGCCCUGGAGCUGCCCCUGCCUGCGGUGCCUGCCCCCGCUGUGCCCUGAGGCGGGAGAGGACGCCUGCGGGUCCCCAGAAGGCUGGCCUGGGGUCCCUUUGCCGGGGGGGCGGGUGGCCAGGCCGUGGCACUGCUGGCCUGGGUGCUGAGGCUGCGUCCGGGGGAGAGGCACCUCUCUGUCCCUGUCCCUGCCCUGCCGCCGCUGGCUGGCUCCUCAUCUGCCGUGUCCGCCUGGCCACGUGUCCUUUGUCCGUCGGAGAGCUUCCUCUUGGUUCCUGCCCUGCGUUGUGGGUUCUGAUUGUGGUAACAGAGACAGGCAGUGGCUGGAAUGAGGAAAAAAACUCGUUUUCCAUGUGUAAUGGGAGGUGGGUGCCGGGGUCCUUGGUGUCUCUGGGGAGCAAGCGGGAGGGCACGGUUUGCUGGCAUCAUGACGUCUGCAGAGACAAAAGCUGGGGAGCUGGGUGCCACCACCUUGGAGCCCCUGGGAAUGUGCGACAGGCUCACUGGUGGCCACUGGUGGGAGGGCACAGCUAGAUGGGGCCCUGCGGGUGUGGGGGUCCCCAGGCCAUGCUGAGCUGCUCCUCACCCAGCAGCCCCCACGGCAAGGCCCAGGGUGGCCCAGGUCCCCACAGCUGCACCAUCUCAUGGGAGAGGGAUGGUCGCUGUGUGGCGGGGCUCCCUUAUGUAAAUAAAACGUGUUCUGCUAAAUGCA